CGCGAUCUCCGACGAGAAUGAAGGUCUUUGUCGCUUACAUUCGACGCCUGUGGCAGUGAAUGCAAUCUUCUCAGGCGGCGUUUUUUCCCGAAAAGUCUGGCUCCGCGAAGCGCACAACCAUCAGUGCUUUUGACCGGUAUAUGAACGGUGCAUCACAAACAUGCAUCGCCUUGACCUACGCGUCCUUUGUCCUGUGGCAUUCAAGUCCUCGUGGCGCGUCUAUGUCGACAAAAGCGAGUGGUAUAUAAGCCUCAAUGGAAGAGCGCAGUAAGUCAUUGAACCACCCGUCCCCGCUCGACACCGCUCCGCUUCUACAGCCCCCGCAAUGACGACUGUCAGCGACGACUUCAUCGCAUACCUCAAGACGGUCGACCUAUCUACUAGAGUCCUGCCAGAGGCGUCCAUCUCCCCCAUUCUCUCCCCCGACACUCUUCUCAAGCUCCUCCACGCCGAAACAACGCACUGCCGCCUGCCCUUCGAGCCCACCCGUGGCCGGCGCCUCGCCUGCGAGUUCAAGAACUGUGUAUGGACACGAGACCGCAGCUGGAACGAUGUGCUCUACCCCCAACGCGUUUGUAUAGAAGUCGAGGCACAUGUUAAAUACCACCUCAAGAAGCUGGACGAUAACAAGCUGGCGCGCGCGCGCCUGUGGCACGAAGUCCCCCUCAUGCAGCGUAACAGCGAGGGCCUCGAUGUACUCCCCUGCUUCACCCGAUGCUGGUCGUUGGAGACGGUACCAAAAGGCGCGAAGCUCGCCGAGCAUCUGAUGCAGAAACACUAUGAUGGCUAUGCGAUGUACAGCUGCCCGCUGUGCAACAUGGAUUUCGCGCUCGACGCGGAGGAGGGUGUACCGCAACACAUCCGCAAGGAUCUGACCCUGCUAUCCACGAUUCCUCUCCCGAGAAAUCCUCACCCAGCCACCCAAGAUCUAGAAACUGCUCGCGAUGCAAUCGCCCGUCACGAUGCCACCGCCGGUCAUAACGAUGCUACGUUCUCUCAGCCCCAAGCUACUCACGAUCUGCUACAAGACAUGUCCGCCAUCAAGGCGCAAAUCCUCCUGCUCAACCACUACGAACUCGGCUGCCCUGCAAUCAUGCCAAUCCUCGCGCCACGCUGGGAGGAGUUCCCAGACGACGUGAGGGAGCAUCUGGAGCGGCAGCUCAGGCUGCUUGCGCCUAAUGCAUUGGGGCAGCUCGAGACGGUUGCGCCAGAUGCCGAGGUGCACAAGGAGAGGCAGGACGCAACUGAUAGUCAACCAGGAUCGGACGCCUGGGCAGAUUUAUUCGCCCUUUGUGCUGCCUCGUGUAAUUACUCACAAUGACCGUCGCGGAGCAACGUAGAGCAAAAAGUAUACUUCGAUACGGCGUGGAAAUAGAGACUAGAUUCUAGCGAUACAUAGAUAAGGGAUACAAUGUAAUCGACGCGCGCCGCGAUUUGCUUGACUGAAUGGGGACAGCGAAAUUAGGUAGAUACAGUGAUGGUACAGUAAGGAGGCUGGGAGAUAGGAGCCGAGGGACACGUGUAGGGUACACGAGACGCGGCGGCGCGGCGUGGUAGUUAAACACUAAGAAGUCGUUAGUAUACGGAAACGAGCAGAACACCAG